UUUCUUUCUCUCAUCUAUCGCAAUCUCUUUUUAUCUCUCUGUGUCUCUACAACAACCAUGUAGCUCAUCUAAGAUAUCCAUGGCCAUCACUAAAAUCCAAUCCCCAUUUGGGCCCCAUCGUUUUCAAGAAAUCAUCACAUUAACGAGGAAGAGAAAUGGAGUGAAGAAAGUGAGUGUGAAGUUGUCAACCACAAAUGUUAAGAAAGCAAAUCUUUUUGCAGCCAGGAAGGAGAGAAUAAAGAUUCCUAAUUAUAGUGAUGCUGAAAAUAGCAAUUAUCACAUAAGUCAAUUUUUCAGCCAUCCAUCUGGGAUUGAAGCCAUCUUGAAUUUAAAGGCCUUGCAGAGUUAUCAAUCCCUUGAUUCCAAUUUGUAUAGGUGCAUCCUACCACAGAUUAAGCUUCUUAAUUUUGAGGUUGCGCCAGUUAUCGACUUACAAGUAACAUCAACUGCUCAAGAAUGUUUAGUCGAGAUGAUAUCGUGCAAGUUUGAGGGUUCUGAUGCGGUGGAACGCCAGAACGAGCGCUUCUCAGCUUCUAUGCAGAACAACUUGAAAUGGGAAACCGUUGCUUCUGAACAAUUUCUGGAUGUUGAUGUCAGAUUAGAUCUUGUCCUUGAGAUAUACACCCAGCCAUUUGCUAUGCUGCCCCCAUCAACGGUUGAGGGUCCGGGAAAUAUAAUGAUGCAAGCUCUGGUGGAUCAACUGGUGCCAUUGCUUCUACAACAACUGGUGCAAGAUUACGAAGAAUGGGUUUCACAACAACGCAAGAGCAAGAGCAAGAGCAAGAUCCUUCACUAAUAAAAUCACUUGGGAUGGCUCGUGUAAUGGUUACACCAAACGCACAUAACGACAUUGUCUUUAUGGCUCGAAAUCUAAAAUGUGUACUUUUCUAAGCCUUGAUAUAAAUUAAACCUUGUUGUCAA